AUGUCCAACACCACUUUCAACCUCACCAACGGCCCUUACAUGAAUUCCACCACCCCUGGUACCUCCAAUGGUCCCCCGCCUUGGUACCAGUUCCCAGCGUGUGCCGUGGCCCCUUACGGCUUCAUCUUCUAUUUUGGGGUCAAAGUGUUCAACUUGGUGGUGGGCACUCCCUGCAACGCCCUGGUCAUUUGGCAGAUUGCGACCAAGAGGAGCGACGCGUCCACUUCUGACAUCUUCAUUUUCAACCUGGCCGUGCUGGAUGCCUACUUCUGCCUGAUGACACCGAUAGAGAUGGUAAACAGGCUGGUGCUAGGGGACAGCCGUAUCUGGUAUUUCCAAAGGUUCGCGUACGGGGUCAAGGACACGGCACCUCUCUUCUUGGUGUGUAUCUGUCUAGACCGCUACAUAGCUGUGGUCCACCCCGUGUUGUUUACGGGCAUCCGUGAGAACACCAUCCGCAUCGCCAUCUCAGCGGUGACCUGGGCCCUCAUAUUGGCGUACGGCCUCACCAAGUCGAUCCUGGGCGUCAUCAGUGUCAGCAAAGUCUUCGGCGGUAUCAUUCUCUCCACCUUCGCCAUCAUGGUCUUCUGCAACAUCUCCAUCAUCUGGGUGCUCCGCCGCUCGGUGGCAGGGAAGGAGGAGAUGCACCCGGUGAAGAGGAGGGCUUUCAAAGUGGUGAUAAUCAUUCUGACCAUCAUCGUGGUCAACUACCUGCCGCCCGUGGCGCUCAUGCCCUUUGUGUCCCACUACUCAUUCGUAGAAUUCCGCUGUCAAAUAAGCAUCAGCGUGUUCUCCAUCAUGGACCUGAGCAGCAGCAUAGAGCCCUUGCUCUACAUCACAAAGAUGGAGGGCAUGCCUGGCAGCUGCUGCAGGAGGAGCCCCAGGAAGAAACCCCACCAGGUUAAAGUGUGA